AUGUCUAAACGUUUGUUUCUCGUGAGACAUGGAGAAGUUGUGAAUCCAGGUGGUGACCGACCAGUCUUUUACGGUGCCAUGGACGUCCCCUUGUCCGAAUUGGGCCAAGCGGAAGCACGAGGGGCAGGAGAUUUUCUGCAAGAGUUUGAUUUGGAAUAUGUGGUUUGCAGUCCACUGAAGCGAGCCAUUUAUGGAGCCGAACAAGUCUACGAACGACAGUCUUCAAAACCGAACGAGAUUUUGAUUCUAGAAGGAUUCAAAGAGUUGGAUCGAGGGACUUGGUGCGGCAAGACUCUUGGUGAGAUUGGAGAAGAGACGAUGGCUCGAUUUGAUGCGUGUGACGAAAGCGUAACACCAGAAGGAGGAGAAUCGUUUCCAUUUUUGAAGCAGCGUGUUUUGGAAGCAAGAGAUCAAGUCUUGGACAAGUUGCCCGCUGGAAAAUCAGCUGCCGUUGUCAGCCAUUUGCAAGUGACUCGAAGUUUGCUGAGCGAGGCAAUGGGCAUUCCCAUUGAGAAAAUGGUAGAGUUAAAGGUGGCCACUGCUAGCGUUUCCUGUGUUGACUAUGACACCAAGACUGGGGAACAAACGGUUCACUUUCAGAGCUUCAAACCAGAAGUUGGUUUGGAAGCGAGUAAAGAUGGAGCGAACUAG